AUGCAGCGACUAAUUGCUCCAUUGCGAGCAACAUACGCGCGUCGCAGUGCCGCGUUCAGCACGCAUACUGACUGGAAACGCUUGGUAAAGGAAGGCCCGACGUUUCAGGACUUUGUCACGCGCAGCCAUCGACACCCGUCGCCACCUAGUAACAGCAAACUUGUUCCAGAGCCAGCGUCAAGUCCCAAUGAUUCGCUGCACCAGAUUCGUCAGAUUUUAGCCGCAACUCGACAAUCGCCACGGGAGGCGACUGCACGACGGCAGUUGGUCGACCAAUUUGGACGCACGCACACUUAUUUACGGAUAUCGCUGACCGAGCGCUGUAAUUUGCGGUGUCGGUAUUGUAUGCCAGAAGACGGCGUCCCAUUGCAGCCGAAUGAAGACCUUUUGACAUCGUCAGAAAUUAUUCAAUUGGCCAAGCUGUUUGCGUCCUCAGGAGUCACGAAAAUUCGGCUUACAGGGGGCGAGCCGCUGCUUCGGCAGGACUUGAUUGAGUUAGUGACUCAAUUGAAAGCUAUUCCAGGCAUCGAGUCCGUGGGAAUCACGACGAACGGUAUCGUGCUACGGAAGAAGCUGCUGGCUCUGCAACAAGCAGGAGUCGAUGGACUUAACAUCAGCUUGGAUACCUUAAAGCCGGUCAAGUUUGCUCAUAUUACGAGACGGCAGGGGUUUACACGGGUGAUGAAUUCGAUCGUUGAGGCUCAAGAGCUGGGGUUCCGUCCGCUCAAGAUUAAUUGCGUCGUCCAGCGGCAUUUCAAUUUGGACGAGCUCGUGGACUUUGUGGCUUUUACGGAGAAGCACGCCGUGGAUAUUCGUUUUAUCGAGUGGAUGCCAUUUGACAGCAACCGAUGGAAUGACGAGACUUUUGUGGCCUAUAACGAGAUGAUGGAGAUGAUCAAGACUGCGUUUCCUACUGUAGAAAAGCUGCAGGACAGAGCGAACGAUACGUCAAAAGCGUAUCAUGUGCCAGGUUUUAGAGGACAGUUUGGCUUCAUUACAUCCAUGAGCGAGCACUUUUGUGGCUCGUGCAAUCGUCUGCGUUUGACUGCUGAUGGAAACCUGAAGGUCUGCUUAUUCGGGAGCGCUGAGAUCGGCCUGCGAGAUGCUUUACGCACCAAUAUUGCCGACAAGGACAUUGCAGACAUAAUCGACGUCGCAGUAAAACGAAAAAAGUUUGCGCUGGGUGGUCAUGGGGAUAUGUAUGGUCUGUCAAAAGCAAAGAACCGUCCGAUGAUUCUCAUCGGAGGGUAG